AUGGCCACCAGUCGUGAGGAACGCAUGCAGCAGCGCAUGCGUGGAGCUGGACUCCAUGAAGCCGCCGAUGACUCAUUCGGGCUCUUUUCCCCUGCUGCCGAACCAUCGUCCGACGUUCCGAUACUUUCAUCCCAAGUGCGAUCGGAACCAAAUACUUCUGCGAAGCGACGACGAUUGAGCCGACAGUCGGACUCUAGGAGCUCGCAACCGACAUCAAGCGCGUCGAGGGCGUCGGCGCGACUCAGUGCACAGAAACCGGACCCAUAUAACAUCCUCGAAGAGGAGAGCACGGGGAAUGCUCUACGACCACCCAGCCCGAGCCCGUUGGAUGCAGAAAUGCAAGAUGCAGAUAGUACAUUGGAGUCGGUGCAAGCUGUGGUUGAACGACCGGUCUCUCGAAGUUCGAUAGCCUCGCGGAUGUCUGGUGGUGGAAUGGCAGAAGAAGUCACGGAGAGUCCGGCCGCAGCUCCUGGCAGUGGCCACAGGCGUAGGAUUAGGGUGUCCAGUGCUGCAACCCAGAGCGCAAAGCUACAAAGAGCAGUCAUGGAACAGGAUGCCGGAGCUACUGGUGAAUUCACGACAUCAUCACCACUGGCACGAAAGAUCAGGCUAAGUGGCACCACAACACCGGGCGCUGUAUCGGUGCCAUCGGCCGAACCAAGCGCGGCACAGACAAUGGUUUCUCCGAGUGAGGCGCUGGAAGGAUCAUCACCUCUGGCCCGCCGGUCGCGGCAAAGCGGCAGCACAGCCACCACGGGAUCUGCGCGAUCGACUCGAAGUCAGAACCGGCGAAGCAACCUCAGCACCGUUGUGGAUCCGACCCCCGAGCUUUCCUCGCCUCCGGAUGCUGCAGGUACUGUUAGCACCAGGAGACCUCAGCCAAAGCUGAAGGACAUGAUAUCGCAACCGAAGGUUAAGAAGUUUGUCCCCACACCUGAGCCGCAGCAAGCUCUGGAGGAAGAGCAGGAAGAGGAGGGGGAGGGGGACGGGGAAGAGCAAGCACUGGCGGAUGACAAGGAAGCGGAGGAGAUUGAUGUACAUGAAGCCGCACGCCGGAUUGGCCGUAAACGACCCCGAGUCAGUCCCGUGCGAGAAGAAUCGCCCGAGUUACAUUCACAGCAGGUCAAAAAGAUACGUCCGGUCAAGAAGGCUCGAGCGGAACGUGCGCAAGACAGCCCAGCGAAGCAGUCGCAACCCAAGGCUCCGAAGGGCAAGAAGCGUGCAUCAUCAAGAAGGCAAAGUGACAGGGAAGGUAUCCCUAUCACUGUGUACAGAUACACAAAGCUCCCGCGGCUCAACGAAGAGGAUACCGACGAAGACAUCCUCAACGCGGACAUCCCAUAUUCGAAUAGUCGCGGUGUCAGCGUGGUCAACGUGCUGCACGAUAUAUGCGAUGAAACCCUCGAGAAAGGUAUAGAUGAACUCAAUGCGGCAUUGGCCAGUGCAGAAGACGCUGCCACAAGGACGGAGUUUAGGACGAAGCUUCGAGCUUUGGAAGCAUUUAGAGGGGAAAUGGGUCUAAGACUCGAGGAGCAUGGAGCACAACUGGACAAUAUGCACGCGCUGCAGAAGCGGGUACGAGCGGCUCAAAGAGAGAAAGUUGCACUUCGGACCGAAAUACUGCGCAUCCGUACCGAGAGGGAGCAGGUAGCCCUAAAAAUGGAUGCGGUGAGGGUCCGUCAUGAGACGGCCAACAAGGAGAUGCUACACCAGCUAGGGCUGUCGUCCACCAUGGACGACAUCGAACUGGCGAUUGAGACGGGCAAGGUAGCGCCAGACCCGAGUCCGAGCGAGCAAAAGGCGGCCGAAUUGGCCAACCUUGAGCUCCUGAUAUGCAGAGUGGCUGGACAGGCCAGCGCCGCCGGUGACGGAGGGGGCAACUUGAAGCAGAUCAAAGACUUCAAUGCUUUUCUUGAGCGUGCCGCUGUUGCUCUAGAGGGCAGAUAA